AUGCGAGCCUCCAACGGCCGCCGCCUCCACGAUCCGAAGCCCCCUUCAUUCCUUCCCCUCCCCUUUGCCCCGCGCACCACAACGCCGCGACCGCCGCCCCCCUCCUCGCCGCCGCACGCCAUCCCGCCGCUCAACUUCCGCUACCUCAGCACCUGUCCACGCUGGUCUUCCUGGGUCGCCGCCGCACUCCGCGACCCCGUGUUCGCGCCCAUCCUCGCCUCGUCCGCCAUCUCCGGCGCCGUCGCCGCCUCCACCGCCGCUGUCUCCCCCGACCGCGCGGCCCUCUCUGCUCUGCUCUCGCUCUGGGACCCGGGUACCCACGCAUUCCGUCUCCCAGCGGGCCCCGCCACCUUCACACUCGAGGAUGCGCUCGUCCUCGCUGGUCUGCCGCCCGCCGGCGCGCCGCUGGACCGGACCCUCACGCCAGAGGAGGAUGACCUUCGCGUCCGCCUCGUCGUCGAGAGGGAGAAGAUCAAGGAGCUCCACCCCUGCGCCCGCGCCGCGCGCCGCGUGUCGGCGGAGGUAUGGCUCGAGUGGUUCGACGGCGGUGGCAUACGGCCCGGAGAGGACGACGAGCUGCGGCGGCUUGGGUUCCUCGCCUACUGGCUCGCCUUUUUUGUCACGCCAAGGCUGCGGUCGAGGGGUGGCGAGCUGCCGGUGCGCGUCUUCGCACUUGCUGCGAGGCUUAGUCUUGGCGAGCGCAUUGCCCUUGGCCAGUCGAUGGUAGCAAAUCUAUAUGCGGAAAUGGAUAAGAUUGUUGCUUCCGCUGUGGACAGUGGGGUGUGUGGCCGUCUAGAUGUCUAUGUGCCGCUCUGGAUGCUGCAGGUGUGGAUGUGGGAGCGCUACAAGAGGCUGUGCCCGCCUGAGCUGAAGGCGCCACAGUUCCCCAUCUCCAAUGUCAGGGUAUUGCAUUGGAGCCGGAGGAAGAAGACGAGCACAUCCGAGGAGGUUCUAAAGAUUUUGCUGGACGAAGUAUGCUUUGAGUGGAAGCCCUAUCGGUACAACUCCCUGAACUGGAUGGAUCCCAAGUGGUUCAAUAUGCACACCAUUUUGGUGACCUGUCAUGAUAAAGAUAAGCCAGAGUGGUUGCUGGAUUACAUUGCUGUUAUCAGUCAAACAAUGUUGACUGGGUUUCAUAGUGAUGACACGGACAAUUCAGUACUGUACAAUCCACAGCUUGUUGCGAGACAGUUUGGUUAUGAUCAGGCUGCUCCUGUGUCUAUUGCCAGGGAAAUUUACUUUGUGGGAACCGAGUUGUGGAUACCAAGUAUCAGUAGAUACGGAAUGCCUGGUGAAGAUUAUGUUGCAUGGUGCAGCAGUGGGCGGUUCUACAAGCAUCAAGAUGAUGAUCAAUAUGGUUGCUCGGUGGUACGAGAUCAUGAAAAUGGGGCUACUUCGUCGCAACUGAAUGUAAGUGAGAAAUGUGAUGCAGUGCCAGCACUUGAUCAAUUUCUUACACAAGUCACUAAGAGAGACCAGAUCAAUUACAUUGUAGAAGAGCAGCUGGGGAUAAUGGAUAAUGGAAGUCAUGAGAAUGAAACAAAGGUGAUUGUCUGUGGCCUUGCUACUUGUGUUAAGGACAGCAGAACUACUUCAGUGAAACGGAAGGAGAAGAAACAAAGAGAUAAAUUUGCUGAAGAUGGAGGUAAUAAUAAGAAGAAAAGCAAAGUAGAAAUUAACACGAAAAGGAGUCCAUUGCAAUUGGAAGGUCAGAAGUAUUCUUCGCUGCAAGAAGAUCUAAAUUCUGAUUCUAAGAAAUGUGACGAGUUGGCACAAGUUGACAGCGAUGAUGAAUGUAUUGUUCUCGAACAGCCCAAGAAUAAAUGUGAAGUAAUAAACCUGGAUGAUGAUGAUGAGGAACAGAGUGCCCCUAAUCCAGAACAUCAUAACAUGCAACUUGUCCUAGAACUGGAAGAGUAUGUUCGCUCCGGGCUUCUCUCGCAAUGGGAGGAAAGCUCGGAUGAAGAUGAUGUAAGUGGAAGCAAGCGAGAAACCCUGAAGAAAAGCAACAAUGACCCCUAUGCUGAAGCAGCCAUGAGGGAGUACCCUCUGUUCUUUGAGUUCAUUCCUCAAAAACCACAUUACAGAGGCUUCGUGAACUAUGAUGAAACUUUAGGAGAUCUACCUUACAGUGGAUUAUGGUUUUUGCUAAUUGGCUUGGCUAAGGAGGUGCUCAGGACGUCAUGUGAUACAGAUGCUUCUGAAAUUACAUAUCUGAUGAAGAAAGCCCAGCAUUUAGAGCAACUGGGUUUCAACGUGAAGCAUCUCAUUGCCCGCUUAAAGGAGCCACAAAUCAGGCUUAGGAAGCUUCAAGAUUCUAGAGCAAGGCUUGAGCAUGCUCGUGAGGAAGAGGAGGGCAACGUAGUUGAGUCUCUUUCAAGUCAUCUGAAUAAACUGAAAGGCAACAUAAAAACGAUGGAGAGGCAUCUGGAUGGAAAGAAGCAAGCUUUCAUUUCAAAUGUACAUGAUAAAUUGAAUGAAGGAAUUAAUCUUGUCAGUUUGGAAAACGAAGUAGAAACUGCUGAAAAAUAUUGUCAGGCAAUGAAGGAUGAAGUAGCUGCAAUGAGAAUGAGGUACUCAGAUUCUGGAGUUUAG